CUUACGGUAAGCGGAACAGGUACUUUUUCACACAGCAGGAAGUUUAUUAACAGACGACACUUCUGGUUUACGCGGAGGCAAGACCGCAGCAGUUUGUUUGAAAUGCGGGCAGUGUGACAGUGGAAGAAGCUUCUGUAAAAAUGGUAUCUGACCGAGCUCUGUUGGUGGUAAUGUGUGUUUCGUUGUCGUCCGCGGUGAGCAUUUUAUCAGGACCUCCUCUGAGCUGCGGCCGACAGGAUUUGAAUUGUACAGUCAGCACAGGUAACUGUCUGGACAGAGGGUGGCUGAAGUCUCAUAAAUACACUCCCAGUGCUCCAGAGGAGCUGCAGGUGUCAGUGGACACCAGGCAGGAUGAGGCAGGACAUCUGCAGCCUGUACUGAACGCUACCUGGAAGCUAAGGGAUGAAGGCAGUAUCAGUUACCUGACUGCCACUGAGCUUCACGUCCUGGUGGUGCCCACCAAUCACAACCUGUGUGUUCGAUAUUCUUUCAAAGACAAACUUGGACAGAGAGAUCCAUCAAACGAAAAGUGGUCAUUCUCAGCUGACAUGCUGGUGCUGGUCCCUGGUGAGAAAUACCGGGUGUCUGUCUUCAACAUCCCCAAACCAGAGCUCGACCACACCUCCUAUGAUGUCAGCACUGAUGUCACUGUCCCUGGCUGUCACCAUCCCAAAAUGCAAAUGACCCAGUUCUGUAUAGAGACAGGAAGUCUGUGGCAGUCUAACAUCAGUGUGGCUCAGAUCACUGCAGACAGUGGAAAGUCUGCUCUGGCUGUUAGCUUCAACACAGAUAAACGGUGUGAAGAGUAUGAUGUUAUUGUCAGCUGCGACAUUAACAAACAUCCUCACAGCAUAAAAAAGAACAAUUUGACGACCCUGAAUAUGUCAUUCAUUCUUGAUAAAUGGCCAAGAUCCUGCUGCCAGUUUGCUGUUGAGGUAAAUCCCCAUUUCCCACGAUGCUGGCCGGACUGUAUCCGUCAUAAAAGAACUCAGGAUUUUUGUACCGCAAAGUCAACAGAUGCCCCAGAUGUCUCUUGGAACACAUUGAUUGCAAUAGGAGUGGUGUCUAUGUGCAUAGUGAUGGCACUUGUGAUUUAUGUCUACCGCAGGAAGUCAGAUAAAACUGCACCACAUGACAAAAGUAAGAAACAGCAGCAACAUCAGCUUAAACAACCUCCCAAAGUGCUGGUCAUCUACUCCCAGGACCACCACUUGUAUAGAGACAUAGUGCUGAAGCUCUGCAGCUUCCUCCGGGCCAAGUGUGGCAUCGAGGUGCUGGUAGACCUGCUCGACUCCACAUCAGUCAGCAUGGUGGGUCGCCACCGCUGGCUUGAGUGGCAACGGCAGCAGAUGAAAAACCCCUCUGAUAAAAUCCUGGUGCUGUGUUCACAAGGUGUCCAGGCAAAGUGGAGGGCCAUGUGUGGUCAGAGGCCAGUGACACUGAGGGAAGACAUCACCUCUCCCACAGAUGAUAUGCUCACUCCCUUUCUUAACCUCUUCCUAACUGACAUGCACCAGGCAGGUAUGCAGAGCAAGUACAUGGUAGCUUACUUUGGUGACAUCAGCAGCGAACUAGACGUGCCAUCAGUUUUUGACAUUGCCGUCAAAUAUAAUCUGAUGAAGCACUUUGAAGAGAUGUACUUCCGCAUCUUAGACAAAGAAAAGUAUGAGCCAGGUCUUGUUAACCACAUUGAGGGAAUUGGUGGGGAUGAAUAUUUCCACUGUCCCUCAGGUAGAGACCUGAAAAAAGCUAUUGAUGCCUUCCAGGCCUACCAAACGGAAAAUCCCGAUUGGUUUGAGAGGGAGUGUGUAGAAAAUGAGGAGGAAGUCAUUGCUGAAGUCAGCCCACUCAUUGACCAGCUGCAGAUCCCUCCUGUCCUAGAGUGUGUCCCUGUAAUCAGAGAUGGGCUUCCCGUUUUCAUUCAUGAGGUAGAAAUCAAUGAAAAUUGCAACAGGAUUCAUAUUCUUACACCUGAACUGAACCCAGAGCACCAGCUAUCAUCAGUGGCAGAACUUAUACCAGCAGUGAAUCCUGAGUGCAAACAUCUGUCAAGCCUGGAUGAGGUGUUGACAGAUCAUCUGUAUCCUCACAGCCCCAGUCCAGCAUCAGUCUAUAGCGCAGAGCCUGUUUUGAACAAAUUACCACCACCAAGGCAGAACUGGCUCUCCCUCAGAGAAGAACCUUUGGGUCAACUUCCUACUGAGGAUGAUGAUGAGGAUUCUUUACUGCCUAUCAAUCAACCCUUUGCCCAUUUUGACCAGAGAAGCUCAACUCCACAGAACUCUCUGGACUCAAAAUUUCCAGAGCCCUCAUGUGCAAACAUACCGAGUGAGUAUUUCCCUUCUUCUGAAAUCAGCCACCCCCAGCCUAUGGAUAUGGAGGAGGGCGAGGGUCUGGAUUCUAGAAAAGCUCCAAACAGCGGUUCAGAUCAAGGCUACAGCUCCAAAAUAUCCUCCCAGAAUGAACCCCCUUUCAAAGAGGAUCCACUCGUGAGUUUGAUGAGACUACAGCAGCAGCAGUUUCUGCAGAAUCCCAGAUACUCUGACAGAGACCCAGAAGAGCCAUAUGAACAUUAAAGCUACUGUAGGCAGAAAUCUUGAAAAUGUACAGCUCUCCCUCUGCAACUUUUUCAUAUCUGUUCUAAGCCCCUCCCAUCUGGCAAGUACAGGCUUUAAUCAUAGUCAGUCUAAAAGUCCACAGUCAUUUGUGGGCUCACCUGGGAUUUGAACCCUGUCAACCACCUAACCCACUGGACCCCAGCGUCUCUCCAUGGACUUUGACACUGAUUGCUGAAAAGCUGGGUGAUUAACUGAAAUCUCCUGUUGUGGGCUGCCUUUCCUGAAAUCUGAAAAAUCAGCCAGGAGGAGGGGCAGAAGUCUAGUUACCUUUCAGACCACUUGACAUACAAUAAGCUGAAAUGCUAGUAUGUAUUUUCUGUCCAGUGGCAUCAUAGAAAUACUGACUACACUAGGUUUAACUACGGGAUCUUCACUAAUUUUGUCUGAUAUUACAGAUGUGUGUCUGAAAUAGGAGUGUGCAAGAGCUUCAGACACUGUAUAUAAAAUUGGAUAGCGCUAUCAGUGUGGGGCUCACAUGCUACAUAUUUAAUGUUUCAUGAUGACUUUCUAAAUACUACAUCCCAAACAGUUUUGAUACAUUGUUUUUGAAGACAACAUGAUCAAGCCUUCAUAGGACUAAGAUACAGGCACAGUACACUUCAACUUUGUCAACUUUUUUCCUAUGGGUUGUGAAUGCAGUCAAGAUUCAAGUUUGAAUUCAGAAUUCAGUUUGAGGGGCACCCGUUAACUCAGCAGGUUAAGCGGAUGGCCCAUAAACAGGGGCUAUAGUCCCAGACUAUAGGGACUCUCUCUCAUUGCUGUCCUAUCAAAAAAGCUGGAAAAGGCCCCCAGAAAAUCUUUGAAAAACACCAAAAAACAUUCAGUUUGAGGCUGAAAGGUCUAACCUUUUUCUAAGGACAUGUAGAAUCCUUAUGGCAGAACUAUCAUUAUAGCAUAUAGCAUUAUAGUGUGUUGCUUUAGAAUUUUUCACGUGCUAUUUGUGUAAAAAUGAAAAUGUAAUAAUCCAACUCAGAUUAAGUCACAAGACUAUACCUGCUAGGGAAUGGCAGUGUUAUAAAGCAAUAAUUUUCCAGUCUUUGGCAUUUAUAUUUACAUGUUACUGUGUUCUAUUGUUGUCAAAAAAAAAUUGAAAUGAAGUUUUAAAGAAUUUGAAAAUGAGAACGAAAAAGGCGUCACAUCAACACCCUGGUGAAGAAAGCUUGACAGUGUCUCUACCACCUCAGACCCUUCAGGGACUUUAAGCUCCCUCUCAAGGUGCUCAGGAACUUCUACACCUGCAUCAUUGAGAGUGUUUUGGCUACGAGUAUCACCACCUGGAUGGGCAGCAGCACCCAGCAGGACUUCUUGGCCCUAAAGGAGGGUGGUCUGCUCAACUAAGAAUCUGCUGAAUCGGAAACAAUAGACUCCAUAUCAACCUGCAAAUUCUGUUCAAUAAAUACCCUGUUCAAUAUUGUAUUCA